AUGGCAUCUGCUCUCACCGUCCUCUUGCUGAAGCUCCCUGCGCCCAGACCCUCCAUCUCCGUCAGCCCCAGCGGGGUGAUCACCCUGGGGGGAGCCGUCACCAUCCGCUGUCAGUGUCGGUGCGAGGCCAGGAGGUUAUUUCUGUAUAAAAGUGGAAUCAAAAUCCGGGAGCUGGAUGCUGCUGGGGACAGGGGUGAAUUCACCAUCCCCAGCGCCAGGCAGGCAGACGGAGGUGUCUACACGUGCCAAUCUCGCUCCAGAUCAGAGCCGCCCGACUGGUCGGAUCCCAGUGACAUUGUGCAGAUCAUUGUAGUAGAGCUCAGCUACCCCAAACCCUCCAUCUCCCUGAGCCCCAGUGGGGGGGUUGGCCUGGGGGGAGCUGUGACCGUCCGGUGUCGGGGUCGGCACCAGAACAUGAGGUUCCUUCUGUACAAAGAUGGGAACCCGAACGCGCUGCAGGUCGCGGAGCCGGCUGGGGACCUGGCUGAGUUUCCCAUUCGCAACGUGAGCUGGAGAGACGCAGGGAGCUACAGCUGCUAUCAUCACGAUAAAGUGUACCCGUUCACCUGGUCGCAUCCCAGCGACCCCGUGGAGCUGGUGGUAGCAGCAGCAGCCCCCCCGGGGCGCCCGGAUUUCACCUGCACCAACAUCACCCGCCUGGUGCUGAGCGCCGUGAUCCUGCUCGUCCUGGGGCUGAUCCUGGCUGAGGCCUAUUACAGCUGCCCGAGGGGAGCACCUAGGCCUCCCCCCACCCUGUAUUUCUAUUGUACAAACCCCCAGAGCUUCCUGCUCCCCUGCCCCCCAAAUCUCCCCACCCCAGGGGACGGCUCUGACAACGGAGCCUCCAAAUGUCCCCUCAUGGAGGGUUCAGCCGACGAAGUCGCUAGCGUCUCCGGGGCCAGCGGGGAGACGGCCAAACCCGGGGGAUUUUCCGGCUAG